ACACUUCAUGAAAGAAAGUUGUCAUCCUAACUAACCGCAAAAAUAAAUUGGGCUUGACUAUUUAGGCAGGAAGGCACGCACCCGAAAUUGAUUAAAGAUAAUUAUCGAAGUAUUAGGCGUCACAUUUUAAUUCGUACUACAUUUAAUAUCACAGAAACAAUUUGCCUCAGUAAAAUGUAAACUUCUUACUGUCUUUGUCGCCAAAUACAAAGUGGUCGAGCAGUACCAAACAAUGCUAUGAUAUUCGAUAUAUUAAACAGGCUGCUUUACAUGCCGAUUUCAAGAAUGGAUUUGACUGAUCAAAAUAUUAUAUAAAUGUAUGAUGGGCAGGGUACAAGUCUUUUUUGACAAGUAAGGCUAGAUUAAAUCGCCAUUAGUUGGAAUGGAACUCGGCGCGACUGGACCAAGUGACUUCUUCCUAUGCAUUCAAUCAGUCCUGUCGGUGUGUGAGCUGCUGCCUGGUGUUCCGCUCAGAUAACUACAUAUGUCGAAAUGGCACGCAGGAAAGAAGCAUUUCAAUCAAAAGUACUCCAGAGGCUUUACCCUGCAGCUCCCAAAUUGGAGGAGGAGUCCAGCCCACCAGGCAUGGUCGAGGCCCUAGCCAACAAAAUCUAUGUGAAAAGACAAGCCUCUAAAGUGGACACUGCUACUGGAGAUGCAGGAAAGACGCAGAGUGCAGCCAAUCCGGGCAGGCGGAUGUACACUGUUCUACCUCCUCCUGCAGACUACAAGACAGAUUCAGAGAAAUCCAUCACACUCCCCCAACUAGAAAGGAUAAAUAGUGCCGAGGACCCAGCUGAGGAGAGCGUCCAUGAUGGCAAUGAAGCACUAGACAGAGAUCAAGAGGAAGAAGAAGAGAAAAGAAAAAGGAGAAGAAGGAAAAGAAAACCAACCCUCCACUAUGACUAUGGGAAAGAUGUAGCAGCUCCAGUGAGUGAGCCCAGCACAGGUCAGACACCUGUGGAUGAGGGAGGAGAACGCAUUAGCAGGAACAAGAAGAGGAAGCUGAAGAAGAAACGGCACAAAGAAAAGCUGCUCUCCAUGGGUCUAAUGCCCCGCGCCACUGCCCUGGAGUUCACAUACCAAAAAGAUGGGGAUGAGGAGGAAGAUGAUGAAAGGAGAGCUGCUGAGGUGUCAGACUUCCUCAGCACAACAAUGGAAAUCUAUAUGUCAGAUUCCUUAUUGCGUGCAGACAAGCUUCCUGUCCUGUCUCAGACGGUGGAUGACCUUCUGAGCAGCAUAGCCAGUGGACGCAAGCCGCCCUCUGUCCUGAAGCAGCUCUACAGCCUAAAGGCCUUUGUUCAGCAGAAACAGAUAGACAAACUGGAAAAGGCUCUGAAGGAGCUCUACAAAACAUCUAUGUCCGCAGAGGAAACCACGGCAGUCACUUCACUUUUCCAAUACUGGAUCACAGACAUCCUUCCCAUGCAGGGAGACAAGAAGACAGGGCUUUCUACCAUGCACCCAUGAGACUGUCAGUCACACUGAAACAAAGACUCUGCUGAAGAAUUAUUUCCACUGUGCUUUAUCACUUUAGACAAGAAAGUUCUGGAAAUGUUCCACUCAUAUUCUGCAUUGCACAAUGUUGGACAUUAAAUGAUGCAGUAUAAAAACUGUCAUUAAAUAUGUUUCCUUUUGAUCUAUA